AUGGAUAAGAAAAAUGCAAAUGGUUUUCCUACCAAGGCCUCUGAUACAGAAAGUCAGAGAAAGCAGCUGCCUUACUCAGUGGAAACACCCUAUGGGUUUCACCUGGACUUGGACUUCCUCAAAUAUGUGGAUGACAUUGAGAAGGGCAACACAAUUAAAAAGCUGCACAUCCAGCGCAAGAACAGAGGCCCUAAAUAUAGUACAUUACCACGCAACUUCAGCUUACCAGGACAUGGGACUCGACCUGCUAUUAAAGACACGUGGGUCAACACCUCCACGUUGGGUUCCAAACCCAAAUCAACACGUGUUUCUGAAGCUCAACAAAUAUUUGAGUUCAGAGCCAGUGAUAGCAGCAACAGCAGUCCUACCAGUCACUCUAGAGUACAAAAGAGCAGCCACACUUCCUCUCCGAAGGCUGGGGAUGAGACCCAGACUCCAGCUUUGGAUGAGCAGCCCUUGGGGCUUCUUGUGAGACCUCACCUUUUUAGGGCUUCCAGCAUGCCAGUUACUUUCUCACACAAAAAGGGUUUGGACACAGAUGAGCAAAAUUCGCAUAUUCAGGGAUCUCAGCAUGAAAAUGAAUCUGAUGAGAAGCCCCUCAGGACUGCAAAUGUUGGUGACCAAAGAGGCAGCAUCCCCCAAGAUAGGGCCAGUCUGCACCGGCAGAUCACAGCAGCUCUGAAACGUGUUCGUGAACUGGAGGAGCAGGUGAGAACAAUCCCAGAGCUAAAGGCCCAAAUCUGCAUUCUGCAAGAAGAGAGGGGACAGCUUCUUAAGAAGCUUGAAACUCAACCAGUGAGGGAAACGUCCUUUGAAAAGGGAGCAGAGGAAGGUGGAGAACCACAGUUUGGAGCAUCAGAAAAAAGUGGACUUCCAUCAGCUCCAGAUCAGACAGAUGCUACUUGUCCUGCUAAGGGGACAAGACCUGAUAACCAGAUUUGGGAACAGGUACAAAACUCAAAAUUAGCAUCAGAACACGGAGUGACAAGCAAUCUUUUGGAGCAGGAGUCAGAGGAGGUUGGCGAGACAUCGGAGGGAGUAUCAGGAAAGGAAUCUGCACCAGCCCCAAUCCCUGUCCCUGUGAUUCUAAUUGAGAAAGCAGAAGAAACCUCAUUAACUUCAUUGAGCCCAAAUGAGCAAAAGAAAUCUGUGGGACAGGACUUUGAGCAUCAAAGAGAAGAAUCAACAGGUAUUUCUGAGCAAGUCAUAAAGAAACAAGAGGAAACACUAGAGAUGUCUUUAAAGGAAAAACAAAUGGAACUCUCAGGAGCCUUUUCAACAUUUGAACAAUCUGACAUUUCCGAAUAUGAAGUCUCUGGUGAGAUUUUGACAAGAGUAGAAAAAGAUGAUGAAAAAACUGCAAGCAAAGGACCUACCCAAAUGGAUAAACAGGAGCAUAUCACUAUUCAGGAGCUUCAGGCUAAAAUUAAAACCCUAGAGGAAAAAUUAAACCUAGCCAGUGGUGUGUUGGAAAGGACCAAUGCCUUACUUAAGGAGCAAGUAGAAGAGAACAGACUGAAGGACGAGAAGAUCCGCCAACUAAAUAAAAAAGCUAAUGUAUGCGCACAGGACACUUCUGUACACAGUGGAAAAUGUGAAAUAGAAGUUCCUCACAUAAUCAAGCCUCCAUCUGAGCCUGUAAUGACUUGUGAUGCAUCGGUCAGUACAGAUCAGAAAUGCCUUUCAGAAAAAGGGGUCUCCACAGAUGAGAAACCUCAGACUGCAGACAGCCCCAAAUUCACAAACUUGGCAUGUUCUAGCACUCAAACAAAUGUGGUGGAAGCACAUGACAUAGAGGUGCUAGCUCAAGUGACAACAGCUGAGAAGAAUGUUGGCGAGGUGAUAGUUAUGUGUGAUCAAGCAGUUGACACUGACUUCCAGGGAGCUUCUGGCAAUGCUACAGUAGAGGAUAAAGCUCUUCAGCAGACAAUGAACCUGGAGGUCUCACAAGACAAAAUGGGGUUUAAAGAUGGUGUCAAAGAAGAUGUUGAAAGAGUAGCAAGAGUUGAAGAAGACAAAAUCACUGAAAACAUAAUUGUUUAUGGGGAAAUUGAGCAGAGAUGUAUUGGAGAUGUUUCUGUCUGGAAUUUGCCCAAGGCGAGUUAUGUCACCAAGACUAUAGCCACAGAGAUUAUGGUGGAAGAGAAUCUGACUCUUGAAAGUGUUGUCAAAGAGAAUUUAGAUAAGGAGACAGUUGUAAGUAGUCCAGCCCAACAAGACCAAAAGGAAUCCGAACCACAGCCCGAGAGACCUACUGAAGCCCCAGCCUCACCUGCAGCUAUUGGCCAGGUUGUGAAUCGCAUUCAGGGGCUUCUGAGUGAGCAGUGGGCCAGCUUGGGCAGUGGGGGCCAGGACGUGUCCAGCUCCCAGAAACAGCCAGCCUUGAAGAUCAGCACCAUCCAGAGUCACCUGAAAGGGUCUCUUAGUGCCCUCUCUGCCUUCUACUCACCUGUCCAGAAAACAAGGGAAACACAGCAGUCAGGCCUCAAAUCCAUCAUGAAAAAGAAUGUCUGUCCAGACAAGCAGGAUAAUGGCGGAGCCAAGAAGAACCUGAAAUUUGUUGGUGUGAAUGGAGGCUACGAGAGCACCUCCAGUGAGGAGUCCAGCGAGGAGGAAAAUCAGGUGGAGGACAUGGAUAGCUCAGAGUCAGAAGAGAAGCAGGGAGAAGAGGGAGUGAAGGCCCUGGAAGAAAAGGGUGGGCCUGGGGAACAGUCUGAGGAAGCUAAGGCCGAGGGUAUGGAAAAGCCUGGCGAGGCCACAGACCUCCAGGCUGGCCUGAGUCCACAGGAUGAGCAGCCAAUCAGUGAGGUCGUCGAUAAAAACUUCAUGGCCGCUUGUCAUUACUUGAAGGACCGGAUGCCUGAGGUGUCAACUCCAAAUAAAGAGAUGAGACAGGUCCUGAUGAUGCUUUACCAGGAAUGGUUUCGUGUGUCCAGUCAGAAAGACUCGAAGGCUGACACAGUCACUCUGUAUCUGAAAGAAGUGGGGAACCAUACUCCCACCCUCCUCCGCUACAUCAUUAAUUUGGCUGAUGGCAAUGGAAACAUGGCUCUACACUACAGUGUAUCCCACUCCAACUUUGCUGUGGUCAAACUGCUCUUGGAUACAGGUCUUUGUGAGGUGGACCAGCAGAACAAGGCAGGUUACACAGCCAUAAUGCUGGCUGCUCUGACUGCUGCAGAAGGGCCUGAGGACAUGAAUGUGGCCCAGCAGCUUCUGAGGGAAGGCAAUGUGAAUGCCUGUGCCACACAGUCGGGUCAGACAGCAUUGAUGCUUGCAGUUAGCCAUGGUCGCAUGGCUAUGGUACAGGUGCUGCUGGACUGCCAGGCUGAUGUGAACAUUCAGGAUCGUGAUGGUUCGACUGCACUGAUGUGUGCUUGUGAACAUGGUCACACCGACAUUGCCAAACUACUGUUGGACAGACCAGACUGCGACAUCAGCCUCACAGAUAAAGAUGGGCAUACAGCUCUAUCUAUUGCUAUGCAAGCCAACCACUCAGAUAUAGUUGGCCUUCUGCAGACUCACACAGGCGGCACAGGGACCUCUACAUCACCUCUCUGAGGCUGAAGGCCACUGCUGCAGUCUUCAUCCUGGAGACCACUGCCUCACUACA